AUGUCAAAUGAAUCGCAUUAUGCCGAAAGCGAAAGUGUUUUAACGGAGGAAAGUGAAGCACCUAAUUCUAUAUUAAUUGAUCAACUGAGAUCAAAAAUAGAACAAGAAUCAAGGAAGGUCAACGAAAAAGUACAAAUACUACAGAUAAAGCUUUCUGAUGCCGAGAUAGAGAACGCUAAUUACAAAAAGCGAAUCGCAAAACUUGAAAAUACCGUCCACACCCAAGGGCACAAGAUAGACCAACUAGAAACGUCACUUGAAGAAAAAAUCUUGGAAAACGAAAAGCAAAGACUGAAUGUCAGCAGUGGGUCGAAAAUUGUCAAUCAAGCACAAAAGAACCCAGGGACAGUCGUUUUACAAGAAAAUUUCGGCUUGCAUGAAAAACAGCUUGAGAUUCUUCAAGAAUACAGUUGUCUUGGCCACUUUACCGAGGAUGAUGAGAGUGAAUAUCAGGGUGGAAAAUUUUUUUUUGAUCAUACGUCUUUUGCGCUCAUGAUGAAAGCUUACAAAAACGGAUUGAAAGAAUUCACCCUGAAGCUCAGAGGUUCAGAUGAAGACUUUUCAGUUGGAAAGUCAAAAUUUCAUUUCUCCAAUGAAGAAAUAGAUCUACCGGACGGUGAACUAAAAUGGUGUAAACGUCUUUCUAUCACUCACGAAGGGCGAAAACUUCGAUUCAAAGCGAGAAUUCAAGUCAUGAAUUCUGUUGCGGGUUUUGAACAGAAAAUAUACGAUUGGAAAGAAACUGAUUCUGAAGGUGUUCACGAGCAGAUUCUUCUUUCAACGGAUUGGGAAGUGCUAGGAGGAACAUGGUAUAGCAGAUAUCAUCUGACUUUUCUUGAAUAA